AAUAUUAUCGUGCCGGAAUGCCUUAUUUACCUCCAGAAGCUAUUGAGGAAAUUAUUCAAUCUCGAGAAACAAUUAAAAAUGCAUGUAAAAAAAUGGUUGAUAAAUAUGGUACUUCAACACGUCGAAUUUAUGAAAUUUGGAAAAGGCAUGCACAAGGAUUACCUCAGC